AUGCGCUCAUUUCUUCCCGCAGGACUCUCUGGACGUGCCAUUCUCGGAAGCUACCGCAACGCCGGCAGUUUCUUCGGGUCGGUGCCUAAGGGGGCACCAGACUCCAUUCUGGGUCUCUCGCUCGAGUUCCAGCAUGAUCCGCACCCCAACAAGGUGAACCUCGCGGUCGGUGUCUACCGUGACGACAACAACCGCCCAUUUGUGCUCGAAUCUGUUAAGAAGGCUGACACAAGCGGUGACAUGGAGUACGCACCUAUCAAUGGUGUUCCUGCAUUCCUCAAGGCCGCACAGAAGUUGUGCUUCGGUGAGGAUUGCAGCGCACUUCGCGAUGGUCGCGUUGCAAGUUGCCAGACACUGGGUGAAACGGGCGCAAUGCUUCUCUGUGGUGAAAUGCUGCACCGUUUCGUGGACAAAUGCGACACCAUUCAGUCCCCUGACCCGGGUUACGCGAACCACACUAGUGGCUUUCAGAUUGCUGGGAUCAAGCUGUCGAACUACAGGUAUUACGAUGCCGCCACGAAGUCCCUUGACAUCCCCGGCAUGUUGAGCUCGCUGGAGAAGCUUCCCGAGCGUUCUGUUGUUUUGAUGCAUGCAUGUGCGCACAACCCCACAGGUCUUGACCCCACCCAAGAGGACUGGGUGAAGGUGGCGGAGGUGAUUAAGCGGCGCAAUCUCCUUCCACUUGUGGACAUGGCGUACCAGGGAUUUGCCAGUGGCGACAUUGAUCGCGACGCCUUUUUGCCGCGUCACCUGAUGAAUCUCGUGCCGAAUCUCAUUGUGGCGCAGUCGUUUGCGAAGAACUUUGGCCUCUAUGGACACCGCUGUGGUGCCUUGCACAUGAUUGUGGAGAACCCUGCCGAGGUGGAGCGUGUUCUCUCGCAGACCGCCAUUCUCAUUCGUUCCAUGUACAGUAACCCACCCAUCUUUGGCGCGCGUGUGGUGAACUCAGUCCUGAACUCGCCAGAACUGACGGCGAUCUGGAGGAAAGAGCUGAAUGUGAUGUCGGGUCGUCUGCGCGACGUGCGCCACCGCUUGGUGAAGGAGCUGAAGGACUGUGGGUCGACACUUGACUGGUCGCAUGUGGAGCGUCAGAUCGGUAUGAUGGCGUACACCGGACUCACAAAGGAACAAGUGGAGCUGCUGAAGAAGAAGCACCAUGUGUACAUGACAUUGAAUGGUCGCGCGGCUAUUUCAGGACUCAACAGCACCAACGUUGUUUACGUGGCAAAGGCCUUCCAUGAUGUCACGAAGUGA